AUGCGAAUUACACGAGGUACUAGUUUUGAGGGCUUGAAAGCAAACAUUCAUCAUAAAUUGGGGUUACAAGAGAAUCAACAUAUUUCUGAAGUCACCGUAAGAGCUCUUGCUGGCAAUUCUGAAUACACAGCAAUAACAAUUACAGAUGAUGAUGAUGUUGAUAUUAUAUUAGAUAUAUUUGUGGAACAAGCUGAAACGAGUUUUGAUCAAAGCAAUGCUAUAAAGUUUAUGGAGAUAUACGUGAAUUUUGAAAAUACCGAUGAUUUGUCAAUACCGAUUCGGUCACUUGAUCUGAAUACAGCACCAGGCAUUGAUAUGUUGAACAAGAAUGCAUCAUCAUCUGUGCUUCCAGUAGUGCCCAACAAUGCUAUAUUUGAUGAUGAAGACAUUCCAACAUAUGACCACAACAACAAUGAUGAACAAGAAGAAGACGAGGAUGCGUGCCUGGCAGCUGACAAUAAUGACGAUGAGUCAAAUAGCGAAGAUGAUGACGAUGAGCCGAUAGGAUCCCAGGACAACGUCAAUAUAUCCACAUCAACGGGUAUCGUUGGUUAUCAGAAUGUCAUUCAAGGUAACAAUGUGACUCCUAAUGUAGGUCACAAUGUAGGUCCCAGUGUGGGUCAUAAUGUAGGUCCAAAUGUGAGUCCUAAUGUGGGUCCUAAUAUGGCUGUGAAGUCGUAUUGUAUGAAAAUUAAUAAGGAAGCUGUUGUUGUUGAGAACACGACUAUGAAGCUGGUUUUGGGGUGCAAGAACCAAGGGACGGGUUGUCCCUGGUGCAUGAGGGCAAUGAAACCAAAAAAUGGAUUAAUAUGGGUUGUGAGUAGAUGGGAGGGACCUCACAAUUGUGUCAUUUGUAAUCUGUCCCAAGAUCACAGACAACUUGAUUCCGCCUUCAUUGCAUCCACUAUAUUGGGUGAGUGGAUUGUUUCCAAGUAA